AGUGAGCAGAACUGAAAACAGCCAAACACAGAAAGAAGACGCUGUUUGCGUUUACAACCACGAAGCUUCACUUUCAGGAGUAAACAAUGGAUCAGAAAAUCCCUUAUGAGGACUAUCAGCUUCCAGUGGUGUUCCUGCCUUCUUAUGAAAAUCCACCAGCAUGGAUUCCUCCACAAGAGCGGGUUCAUCACCCUGACUACAACAAUGAGCUCACCCAGUUCCUCCCUCGCACCGUCGUGUUGAAGAAACCUCCUGGAGCACAGCUGGGUUUCAACAUCCGAGGGGGCAAGGCUUCACAGUUAGGAAUAUUUAUAUCCAAGGUGGUCCCAGAUUCAGAUGCCCACAAAGCAGGUCUACAGGAGGGAGACCAGGUUCUGUCUGUGAAUGAUGUGGAUUUCCAAGACAUAGAGCACUCACGAGCUGUAGAGAUUCUUAAAACUGCUCGAGAGAUUCUGAUGAGGGUUCGCUUCUUUCCUUACAACUACCAGAGGCAAAAGGAGAGAACUGUGCACUAGAUGGAAGCAGUGAGAAACAGACAGUUCUUGUAGAGCGUCAUGUUCCUCCUACAGACUCUGGCCUUUGUUCCGUCUCAGCUCCAAGAUGACGACUGUAUGACUCGACAGACUCAUUCACAGUCCUCCAUGUUAGGUUUUCUACUGUAAUGUCAGAACUAGUCAUGCUGUGAUUCGAUGAUCUGCUGCACCAGGAACUACUCAGUAUUUUGCUCUACAUUCAGAAACAUACACCUAGAGACGUUUUUUGUUAUACAAGCAUGUGAAAGCUGGACAAUCAUGCACUGAUGUGUGCAUGCGUGUUUAUUUGUCUGGUAGCAAAAUCUUUCAAACCAGAGGAUGAUUUUGAUGGAACACUCAGAAAGUAACAUCUGGAUCUACAACUAUGAUAAGCUUUUCAGGUCAACUGUAUUCAAGAUGAUCGGUGUCAUUUAACACAAAAUCUGACUUGGUGCAGAUAUUGAGCUUAAAUUUGG